AAAGACAGUGCAUCAUAAGUAAAAUUCGACCUUGGAAAUUGUUAUCUCAAGAACAGGAAGAUCCAUGUCUUAGCUUCAUUUCCCGGAAUUCUAUCCCGCAAUCCUCGGGAACCGGCACGCGGCACUGGAUCAACCUAAAAUGCAUCUUACCACCUACGUAGGACCAUCGACGCAAUUUAUAGAGAAAUAUACGCGGGGAAAUAAUGCACUCCGAGAAGGCCCUGCCGCAUUUGUCGGCCUCUUGCAUUUUAUUCGAAAAUCCAGAUAAAUCUAUCAUUCUAAUAGAUAUACCUCGUUCCAUUGAAGAAGCCCAGCUAUUACCAGAACAGGCCAUAAAGAGACGUAUAAUUUCAUCUCGCCCAGCCGAGGUACCAUGGAAAACACCUGAACCCAAGAAAGGACUGGGACAAUCGGUAUCACCAUCUGCCGCAAUAUCCGAAUUAAUGACUAUAGAAAGUGUGAAAGCCGCACUUCAGGAAAUCAAACAUAGCUACGAGGGACCAUGGUGCUUGCAACGUGUGUUAAGUAACACAGGUGAAGCUAGUGAUGACGAAUUACAUCAUGAAGAAUCACGCAAAAGAAAGCAGACGUCUUCAAACAUUAAGGAUGUCCACACCACGUCAGAGCCAUAUAUUCCGGAUCUAUCCCAUUAUCUUCUAGGGACUAUAGAAUCUCAACGAGGGAAUUUCCUUACGGACGCUCCCAAGUUCGAUCUGAUAGUUCUUGAUCCGCCGUGGCCUAGCCGGUCCGUGAAACGGAAACGGAACAGUUACACAAUAGCAUAUGACAUGCAAGAUGUCAGAAAUCUCUUAAACCAAAUACCGGUUUCAUCGCAUUUAAAGUCAGAUGGUCUUGUGGCAGUAUGGGUUACAAAUAAAGCCGCUGUUGCUGACCUAUUAACAUCAUAUUGUGGGAUAUUUUCGGAAUGGGGCUUAGAAUUUGUAGGUGAAUGGAUCUGGCUCAAAAUAACAAACUCCGGUGACCCUAUUAUGGAUAUAGAGGCCCAAUGGAGGAAACCAUGGGAACGUUUAUUAAUCGGUAGGAGGAAAGGUAGCACAUCGAAACAAUCGAUUCCAACUAAGGUAGUUAUGGGAGUCCCGGAUAUUCAUUCGAGGAAGCCGAAUUUAAGGCCCUUAUUUCAGGAUAUGUUACCGGAGAAUUACAACGGACUAGAAAUAUUUGCGAGGAAUCUCACUACAGGUUGGUGGAGUUGGGGAAACGAGGUCCUCCUCUUCCAACAAAAGGAGCAUUGGAUAGAAACGGCGAAUAAUGAAUAGAAAUAGAGUGCGGCACUUAAGCGCCCAUUUUCUUUCGUCCCUGCUUUUUACAGAGCGUGAUAUAUACCCGAAGUUAUUUUCGUAG